AUGUCUUCGGCACGAUUCAUGGCCCCCAAGGUCGCCUCAAUGCUCGGCUCCGCUUCUGCCGGUGCCGCACGCCCUGCGCUCCGUAGCACUACUAAGCUGCAAUUCAACAACCCCCAGCGAGCCAUCUCAGGCAUGGGCCGCUCUCUCCAGCACAACAAUGCCGCCAAAUCUCCCUUCCAAACCCUCAAGCGUCAACAAGUCAGCAACGCCUUCAAGGCUUCCUUCGCGCCUCAAAUGGUCCGUCCAUUCUCCUCGGAGCUCGCUGAAGCCAUGGUCAUUGCUGGCGGGAACAUCGGUACCGGUAUGGCUACAAUCGGUCUUGCUGGUGCCGGUGCGGGUAUCGGAACGGUCUUUGGGGCUUUGAUCACCGGUGUGGCUCGCAACCCAAGCAUGAGGGGACAGUUGUUCGCAUAUGCCAUUUUGGGUUUCGCCUUCGCUGAAGCUACCGGGUUGUUCGCGCUCAUGGUGGCAUUCAUGAUCCGCUUCACUUAA